AUGGCAUCUUCCUUCUAUCGAGUUCUCUUCGUUGUUGGCCUCUGGGCUUCCACCCGUUGUGCACCCCCAUCCAAUGCCCCCAGCAGAGGGUCCUCACACUCUUCCUCCACGAAGAGCACCUGCACCUCCCCACUGUCCUCCAGCAACACCUACUUCGCCUUCCGCCUGUACCGGAGACUGGUUUUGGAGACCCCGAGUCAGAACGUCUUCUUCUCCCCCGUGAGUGUCUCUGCUUCCCUGGCUAUGCUCUCCCUUGGGGCCCACUCAGCCACCAAGACCCAGAUCCUCCAGGGCCUGGGAUUCAACCUCACACAUGUGCCAGAGUCUGCCAUCCACCAGGGCUUCCAGCACCUGCUCCACUUGCUGAAUGUCCCCAGCAAAGACCUGGGCUUGAAGUUGGGAAGCGUCCUCUUCAUCAAAAAGGAGCUGCAGCUGCAAGCAGAUUUCCUGGACAACGCCAAGAGGCUGUAUUCGUCGGAAGUCUUUUCUACAGAUUUCUCCAACACCUCCGGUGCCCAGGAGAGGAUCAACAGCUACGUGAAGAAGGAAACCAAUGGGAAGGUUGUGGACAUAAUCCAAGGCCUUGACCCUCUGACAGCCAUGGUCCUGGUGAACCACAUUUUCUUUAAAGUCUACAGGUGGAUAGAGGUGUUCAUCCCCAAGUUUUCCAUUUCUGCCUCCUAUGACCUGGAAACCAUCCUCCCAAAGUUGGGCAUCCGCAAUGCCUUUGAUCAAAACGCUGAUUUUUCUGGAAUUACAAAGAGAGACUUCCUGCAGGUUUCCAAAGCUACCCACAAGGCUGUGCUGGACGUCGGUGAGGAGGGUACUGAGGCUGUAGCAGCUACCGCCACCAAGCUCAUAGUCCGGUCAAAGGACAGCCCCCCUCAUGCCACUGUAUACUUCAAUAAGCCCUUUCUAAUGCUGAUUAUAAAUGAAGCCACAGAUUCUAUGCUCUUCUUAGGGAAAGUUGAAAAUCCCACCAAAUCCUAG